AUGGUGGGACUAAGUGUAAUAUUGGAAGAGCACAAGGAUAUUAAUAAGAGAAUUUCACGAGUUAUAAGCAAAUGGAGUUUCUGUAUGAAAAUCAAAUCCCCCUCGACUCUUCAUCCUCCAAAUCCUUCGUCUCCUUGUCCUUUUCCGAGGAGGAAUUUUCCGAUAUAUCUUGAUGAGUGUUUGCUCUGCAGGAAGAAACUGUUACCUGGGAAAGACAUCUACAUGUACAAGGGGGACAUGGGUUUUUGUAGCGUGGAGUGCAGGUGCAGGCAGAUAUCUAUGGAUGAAGAGGAAUCUGCAAGAAGUGGUUGUACAAGUGAGUACAAGUACUGUUCAUUAUCUGCCAUGAAACCCCAACAAAUGCCUCCGUCAUCUUCUUCUUCUUCUGGUGGAAAAGGAAGCAGAAACAUGGCAAAUACUUUUGUGUACUGA